ACGCGAACAUGACCUUUCCCUGUCUGUAACUGUCCGUUGCUGGAGGUUGUAGGUAAUAGACUGUUAGUAGCUUUGUGAUCUUCAGAAAGUUAAGAAACAGAAAAGGAAAACUGACGAUGAUGCAAAGUGUUCGUUGGACUCCAGCUGUUUGCCAGCGAGCUCUGCAGGUGGUGACACCUACCAUAGCUUUAGGCUUUCGCAGUCCUGCCUGCUUUGUUAUUUCAAAUGGUCGCCUGUACGCCAGCCAUAGUGCUCAGGCAGUGUUGGAGAAAGCGGCUUCGGAGUCAACUGCAGAGGUGAAGACUGCCACCAAUAUGAAGGUCCCUUCCUUGGAAUCCAAGUCGUUUGCUGUGAGCAUGUUUAAAGGACAGCUCAGUACAGAGCAGGUCUUCCCUUUCCCCUCAGUAUUGAAUGAGGAGCAGUCUCAGUUCUUGAAGGAACUAGUUGGCCCUGUGUCCAAAUUUUUUGAGGAAGUGAAUGACCCAGCUAAGAAUGAUGCCUUGGAGAAAGUUGAAGACGGGACUAUGCAAGGGCUGAAGGAAAUGGGAGCCUUUGGUCUACAAGUUCCUGCUGACCUUGGAGGUCUUGGCCUUACCAACACACAGUAUGCACGACUGGUGGAAAUUGUCGGGAUGCAUGAUCUUGGAGUGGGGAUCACACUUGGUGCCCAUCAGUCUAUUGGAUUCAAGGGAAUUCUACUCUUUGGUAACAAGAAGCAGAAGGAGAAAUAUUUACCAUCUCUGGCAUCAGGGGAAAAGAUUGCUGCUUUUUGCCUGACUGAACCAGCUAGUGGCUCUGAUGCCGCUUCCAUUAAAACCACAGCAGUAAAGAGCGAAUGUGGCCAAUAUUACACCUUGAAUGGAGGAAAAAUCUGGAUAAGUAAUGGAGGCAUUGCUGACAUCUUCACAGUUUUUGCUAAGAGCCAAGUUAAAGAUGAGACAACUGGUGAGGUAAAAGAUAAGAUCUCUGCAUUCAUCGUUGAGAAGGAUUUUGGUGGUGUUACAAGUGGCCCACCUGAGAAGAAGAUGGGGAUCAAGGCAUCCAACACUGCAGAAGUUCACUUUGACAAUGUCCGUGUACCUGCAGACAAUGUGCUUGGGGAAAUUGGUAGUGGUUUCAAAGUGGCGAUGAAUAUACUCAACAACGGCCGCUUCGGUAUGGCUGCUGCAUUGUCUGGCACCAUGAAAGGAGUCAUCAGCAAGGCAGUUGACCAUGCAGCAAACAGAACUCAAUUUGGGAACAAGAUCCACAAUUUUGGAGCCAUCCAGGAGAAAGUGGCUCGAAUGGCAAUGCUGCAGUAUGUUUCAGAGUCAAUGGCAUACAUGAUCAGUGCAAACAUGGACAUGGGAGCAACAGAGUUCCAGAUUGAAGCUGCUAUCAGCAAAAUCUUUGCCUCUGAGGCUGCCUGGAAUGUGUCUGAUGAAUGUAUCCAGAUCAUGGGUGGAAUGGGCUUCAUGAAGGAUGCUGGAGUGGAGAGAGUAAUGAGAGAUCUUCGGAUUUUCCGUAUCUUUGAAGGAACCAAUGACAUCCUGAGACUUUUCGUGGCAUUGAAUGGCUUUCAGAAUGCUGGAAACCAGCUGAAGAAUAUACAAAAAGCACUAAAAAACCCAAUUGGUAAUGCUGGUCUUUUGGUCAGUGAAAUUGGCAAACGAAUAAAAAGGCGUGCUGGGAUGAGUACGGGUCUGAGCCUGAAGGGUGUGGUUCACCCAGAACUGAAUUCAAGUGGGGAGCUGACUGUGAAAGCCAUUGAAGAGCUCGGAGGAGUGGUUGAAAUCCUGCUGCUAAAACACGGCAAAAAGAUUGUUGAUGAGCAGUUUGUGCUAAUGAGAGUCGCAGACAGUGCCAUCGACCUGUACGCCAUGGUGGUGGUUCUUUCCAGAGCCUCUCGUUCCCUAAGCCAAGGUCUGCCUUCUGCUGAGCACGAGAAAGUACUGUGCGAGACAUGGUGUACAGAGACGUAUGCACGAAUUACAAAAAAUAUGAAGGAACUCAACAGCAGCUCUUCCAAGCAGCUAUUCCGAAACUUGCGUGCCAUUUCUAAGGCUGUAGUGGAGAAUGGAGGGAUUGUUUCCGCUCAUCCUCUGGGAUUCUGAACUUCAUGCCAUCUAGCAAGAGGGGUGUAGUGACAUUGAGGACACUUCUUAAACUAGCUGCAUUGGUUUAGUGUAUUUAUCUGUGGUACUGGUUUUAUGUUGAGUAAAAAAAAGGGGGGUAAAGAAAUAUCGCUGCUCAGAAGUGAACCUUUAUUUAUGUGUGCGGGAGGUAAAUGGCUUGUUGCCUCUGAUGUUAAAAAGAAGCUAGAGUGACUAACUUGAAAAGUUGCCACUGGUUAAUUACAUAUAUUUAUAUGGUUCAUCACAUAUUCUCUAAACCGGUUUAUUUUCUAGUGUAAUUUUCCUGUGCUUCUUAGAAUGAAUGGACAUCUGUUAUUCAUCUCUGUCUUUGCAUGAUGGAAUAUUAUUAAUGGAGUGUGUGUGUGUGUGUGUGUGUGUGUGUGUGUGUGUGUGUGUGUGUGUGUGUGUGUGUGUGUGUGUGUGUGUGUGUGUGUGUGUGUGUGUGUGUGUGUGUGUGUGUGUGUGUGUGUGUGUGUGCGUGCAUAUUGUGGUCACAGCCAACAUAAAAGUUGUUGACUUCGCAAUGAAAUAGCCAGUUGAUUUUCCCAAUGUUUCCAUCCUGGUAGGGCUAAACAGAUGACAGUUGAUAGGGCUGAAUGCUUAAUCUGAGUGACUUGGGCAGUAUUAAAUAUUUAGUAGGGGAACAUGUUCAGUUUCUGAACAUUUGGAAAGUGACUCCAAACAUCAUCUGCUGCAGUUUAAAAAAAAAAUAAGCUUGACAAAUUCAUACAGGAUUAACAUAAAAACAGUAAAGUGAGCUAGGAAGAUGCAUGUUCCUGUCUUUUUCCUUUCCCUUGUAUAGUGUUAAUUAAGGUGUAAUAUUGGGGAAUUUGUAGCUUGCUCUUCAAUUAAGUUGUAAUAUUGGGGAAUUUGUAGCUUGCUCUUCCUUCUGAGUAAGUAGAGGACUACAGUCAUUCCUUUUCAUCCAUGCCUGAUUGGGUGGUAUGAGUUAAAAAAAAACUUUCUCUGUGGAAUGAGUUAAAAAAAAACUUUCUCUGUGGAAGUUAAUCAUGUUAGAUGUUGAUGUGAAGAUUUGUUUGUUCCAGUUUAAUUUUUUCUUCUAUUUUAUGCAAAUUGAGACAUAAACGAGUGGAGUAAUAACUUACCUUAAAUGUGCAGAACAGUGUUCCUGCUGCUUAAAUGUUGGUGCUUUUUGUGUAGUAUGUACAGCAAGCACAGUCAUUCUGAUUAGCCUACCACACAAGGCAUAUUAUUCAGUAUAAUCUGUCAUGGUGCAGGUAAGUGCCCUUGUUUUAAGAGACAUUUGUAUCAAUUGUUAUCAUUCUGACAGCUUUGCUGAUUGCACAGAAUAUGCAGCAGUGUAGCUUGGGGAUGGAAUGGGUACAAUUCGCCUACUCACCAGUAGGAAUUGUCAAAAAAGUACAAGUCUUCUUAAGCAGUUUCAGGGGUAGAGUAGUAUAUUUUUAAAAUGUAAUCAUUCUUACCAAGUUCAAUUCCCAUAAAUGCCACAGACAAGUGCACUGAGCAACAGACAGACCUAGAUUUCAUCUUCAAGCUUUUGUAAAAGGCUUCUGAUGAAUUGUAAUGAGUGAAAUGCCUAGAUUAGGUUAAAUAUAGAGACUAGACCUAAUCAGAAAAAUAAUUUGGCUUCAUGACUAGUCAACUAGUUAUUUGCCUGUAAACCAAAUAAAACCCAUUAACAUAUGUUCCACCACUCCUUUUCAGUUUAUCACUGUGUGACUGUGUAGUACCCGAGUCACUGGCUACAAGUCUCACUCCUUUGGAAGUAGGAAAUACUGAUCUGGCAUAAGUUUCUGCUAUCCCUACACCUAAAUGCAUCUUUUUAAACUAUAAAAAGGCAGUUUUGUAGAUAGUUGUCAUAAACAGGGUUAUCUCUGCAUUAAAAUUAAAAUGGCAUCUGUGUUGUGGAGUCUUAAACAAGAAAUGUGAUACAGUGGACAAGAAGGUGUAAUGGUCUGCAUUUAGCUACUAGGUGUUACCUGUAUGCUUGAAUUGUAGCUCUGAUUUUUGAAGACAAGCCUACUUUGUUUGGAAGUCUUUUCUUUGACUGUUUUCAUUUGAGCAGUUACAAAUAUUAUCCACUUUGAUAUAACUGAUCAGGGAUGGAUAUCCUGUUUUAAUUUUCAAAGCAAAACGUGUUCUUUCCUGCCAACAUGGAAUGUAGUUUAAUGCCACUUCAAUGCAAUUCUACCGAAAUAGCCUACAGACUGCAAAUGCACUUACAUUAUUAUUAAACUUCAGUAAAGAUUUUGUAUCACU